UUUAGUUGUCAGUCACACUGAACACACUGGUUGUUGCUGUUCAUACAGACUUGUGUCCACUAGGUGGCGGUAGUGCAUCUUUACGUUGGUUGUACAGAAGAAUAAAAACACCGGAAGCUGAUAGCAUAGUUAGCUUGUUGUUUUGGUGUGUGAGGUGAAUUUUUGAGGCUCUGCAGUAAAACUGUCUUCACUUCAGUCUCUGGGAGAGUUGAUCAGCUAAAGCGACUAACUGCUGCUGCAGAAAUCUUCUCACCAGGCUGUGGAAACUUUCUUCUCCUCCUCAACAACUUGGUGCGAGUUCUUUCCAGAACCAGAGAAGAUAUUCUGCGGUCUUCGUGACAAUCGGAGCUCCAAAAGCAGCUGUUAGCUAAACACGGCUAAAGAAAACCUGCUACCACUUCAGGAUCAUCCAUCAGCUGGGACUGAUUCAUCGUGUUUACUUCACCAUCUGGAUCUGGACAGCAUGGAUACAGUUAUCGUGACAGCCCUAACUAGUAUGCCCAACUCUGCUCGGCGCCUCUCAGUGGGAGCAACUCCAGAGUGGUAGAAAGUCCAACCCGUCUCAAGGAAACUGGUUCCAGAGCCAGAGCCAGGUGUUGACAUGUUCACCAGAUGGUUAAAGAAGAAGCUCCUGAAGAUCAGAGUGCUGGUGUGGAUCAGCAGGACCCAGAAAUGUUCCACAUAAAGGAAGAACAGGAGGAACUCUGGACAAGUCUGGAAGGAGAGCAGCACCAUUUGAAGGAAGAAGCUAAACUUGCCAGGUUUCCAUUCACAUCAGUUUCUAUAAAAAGUGAGGAUGAUGAAGACAAACCUCUGUUGUCACAGCUUCUUUAUCAGCAGCAAAUAGAAGACAGAGACGUUCCAACCAGCAGCUCAGCUGACCAGACAACAGCAGAAACUGGUAGAGGAGCAGAAUCUAUCAGGAACCCAGUUCUGAACUCUAAUGAACAGAUUUCUGAUUCUUCAGAGACUGAAGUUAGUGAAGAUGAUAUGAAUCUAAACGAUGAGUUGUUAGACUCUGGGCCUGAAACUGGAGAUGGAGACAAUGACUGCAAUGACAGCAGGUCUUCUGAGUCGGAUGCUAAGACUUUCAACAAAUCAUUUAGCUGUCCUGAGUGUGGUAAAGAGUUUCUCCACAAGUGGUCUCUCCAGAGACAUGUGAGAGUGACGAGUCAUUCAGCAAUAAGAUCUUCAGGAUGUCUGGUGAAUAAGAAAAAUGUUAGAAUAAAGCAACAUGUGGACUCAUGCAGGAAAGUCCAGGCAGAGCCAAAAUCAUUCAGUUGUGACAUUUGUGGAAAAAAAUGUAGUUGUAAUAAAAAUUUAAACAAACACAUGAGAGUCCACACAGAACAGAAACAUUUUGCGUGUGAGCUCUGUGGGAAAAGCUUUUGUAGAAGAACUAUUUUCAACAAGCACAUGAGAGUCCACACAGGAGAGAAACCGUUUGUCUGUGCACUCUGUGGAACAAGUUUUAAUCAAAGGACAAAUUUAAACAGUCACAUGAGAGUUCACACAGGAGAGAAACCUUUUUCCUGUGCACUCUGUGGGAAAAGCUUUACUCAUAGGCCCAACUUAAACAAUCACAUGAGAGUUCACACAGGACAGAAUCCUUUUGCCUGUGAGUUCUGUGGGAAAAGCUUUAAUCAAAGGACAACUUUAAACAGGCACAUUAGAGUUCACACAGGACAGAAACCUUUUGCCUGUGAACUCUGUGGAGGACGUUUUAAUCAAAUUUCAGCUUUAAACAGUCACAUGAGAGUCCACACAGGACAGAAACCUUUUGCCUGUGAGCUAUGUGGAAAAAGCUUUAAUCAAAGGGCACAUUUAAACACUCACAUGAUAGUCCACACAGGACAGAAACCCUUUUCCUGUGAACUCUGUGAAAAAAGUUUUACUCGUAAGUCAACAUUAAACAAUCACAUGAGAGUCCACACAGGACAGAAACUCAUUUGAGUGUGAACUCUGUGAACAAAGAUUUAGUUGUAAGUCAACAUUAAACAAUCACAUGAGUGUCCACAAAGGACACAACACAUGUAUUUAAAGUGCAAGUCACCCUCAAACUAACUUUCUUUUACUGAUAAAUGGUAAAAAUUACUGUCUAAAACACUAGAUAAGUGAGGUCAUUAUUUUGGAAUUUUAGUGCAUCUUACUUAAAAUUUAAACAUUCAGCUUGAAACUGCCAGUGUAGCGCCCUCUUCAGGUUAAAGCUCUGCACCGUAAACAUGAAUAUGUAGACGCCCCAUUGGGCGCUGGAGAGCCUAACCGUGUCUCCACCAUAUUGGAUGCGUCUCCUCACUCUCCAAAGUCAGUGCAGAAUGAACGACUAGGCCCUUAUCUGUGCAGCCUAUGGGUGCAACAACUGGCGUAAUAUUUAAAACAGAUCACAUGGGAUUAUAACUGACAACUAAUGAAAAAUCCCAAAUUCAGUAACUCAGAAAAUUAGAUUAUCAAUUGAGGCCAUCUUUUUUUCUUUUUUUUUUUUAAAUAGCAUAUUUAGAAAUGUUGGCCUUCUGAUAAGUGCCUCAAUGCGGCUCGGCUUUCUGAACUGUUACAUCAUUCAGGUGUUCUGAGUGGGUUCUAUUGUCCUUUUAGGUAAACCAGCUGUUACAGCUUCUUGGACAUAUCUUACAAUGUUUGAUUUACUUCUUUUUAUUUGACUUUGCUAUUAUUCUGUAAAAUCAGGCUUAAUAGAGCAAAUCAUGGAAAUCUCAUAAAUAUUAGAACAAAUCCAACUGAGCAGAAAACUAGAAAAACUAAAUGGGGUUGAUUGAACAUUGUCUAUUUUUUCAAGCACUUUGUUAGCUAAUGACUUGAUUUGUGAUGAUCAGAUCUCUUUGCUCUGGAAGAAUCCGGGCUGCACUUAGAGAACUAUGUUAGUUUAAAGAAGUCACCUCCUUCUAAUUAUUUAAAUCCUCAUAUUGCUCGAAGUACAGGGAGAGGAGGAGGAAGAGUAGAAACCAUUUUUCAUUCAGACCUAUUAAUCAAUCCCUUACCAAUUAAUAGUUACAGUUCUUUUGAACGUCUUAUUCUUAGUUUUCCUAAUCCUGAUUGCAAAACUGUAAAACCACUCUUGUUUGUAGUUCUGUAUCGUCCAGCCGCCCCUUACUCUUGAGUUUUUGGAUCUCUGAUUUUUUUUAAUCUGAUUUGGUGCUAAAUACUGAUAAGGUCAUUGCAGUGGGGGAUUUUCACAUUCAUGUGGACAUUGAAAAUGAUAGCCUCAAUGUAGCCUUUAGUAAUAUCUUAGACUAUUGGUUUUACCCAAAGAAUACAUAGCUCCACCCACUCCUGCCAUCAUACUUUAGACCUUGUGCUGACCUAUGGCAUAAACUGUGAGGAAAUAAUAUUUCCACAUAAUCGGACCACUUUUCGAUAACUUUGUUUUUCAUAACUGAGUUCUUGAGACAUGAAAGUAAAUUUCAUUAUAGUCGACCUCUAUCUGACAACGCUGUUGCAUGUUUUAAAUCAAUUGUUCCAUCUUUACUGUCCUCAGUAUCUCAGAGGAACGUAGCAGGGGCAAUUAUUUUUCUAGCCCUUCAAAAAUUGAUUAUCUAGUUCAUAAUGUUACAACUUCUUUACGUGUGGCAUUAGAUGAUGUUGCCCCUUUCAAAAAGAAGGUAAUUAAGCACAAGAAGUUGGCUCCUUGGUUUAAUUCUGAUCUACGGACUUUAAAAUAAAACUCUAGAAAAUUAGAGAGAACAUGGCACUCUACACAACAGGAGGAGUCCUACUUAUCCUGGAAAAAAUAGUCUUGUGUUUUAUAAAAAAAAAAAAAGGACUUGACAAGCUAGAACUGCAUAUUUUUCAUCGCUAAUUGAGGAGAAUAUGAAUAAUCCUAAAUUUAUUUUCAAUUCAGUUGCCAAACUUACACAGAUUCAUAGCUCUGAACCAUCUAUUCCCUUAGUCCUCAGCAGCAACGACUUUAUGGGAUUUUUCAUGAGUAAAAUGAGUUUUAUUAGAAACUAAAUUAGUAGCAUCCUCCCUAAUGCAAUUUCUUUUUCCUCAGUAAGUAAGGCAGCAUCAGAGGUAACUGUAGAACCUCAUCUGUGUUUGAACUGUUUUAAGCCAGUUAAGCUUCCAGAGUUAUCAAAAAUAUUAGCUUCAUCUAAACCUUCAACUUGCAUUUUAGAUCCAAUACCAACCAAAUUAUUUAAAGAUGCAUUUCCUUUGGUUCCUUCCCCCAUUCUAGAUAUAAUCAAUCUAUCCUUAGUAAAUGGAUACAUACCACAGUAUUUUAAGGUUGUUGUAAUCAAACCUCUACAUAAAAAACCUUCUCUGGAUCCAGAUGACCCAAUGAAUUAUUGACCAUUACCUAACCUUCCAUUUUUAUCCAAAGUCCUUCAGAAAAUAGUGGCCAAUUAACUAUGUGAGCAUCUAAACACUAAUGAUCUGUUUGAGGAAUUCCAGUCUGGUUUUAGAGAGUAUCACAGCACUGAAACUGCAUUAGGGAAAGUUACAAAUGAUAUUCCCAUGGCCUCAGAUAAGAAUCUGGUGUCUGUUCUAGUCUUGUUAGAUCUCAGUGCUGCUUUUGACACAGUUGAUCACAAUAUUCUUUUAGAAAGGCUUGAACGUGUUGUAGGGAUCAAAGGAACAGCGCUAGGCUGGUUUAAAUCCUACCUGUCUGAUAGAUUUCAUUUUGUAAAUGUACUUGACAAAUUUUCAUACUCCAGGGUUACUUGUGGAGUACCACAGGGUUCAGUGCUUGGACCGAUUAUUUUUACUAUACAUAUAUAUAUAUCCAUCCAUCCAGCCAUUUUCAUCUGCUUAUCAGGAGUCGGGUCACGGGGGCAGCAGUCUAAGUCGAGAGGCCCAGACUUCCCUCUCCCCAGCCACUUGGGCUAGCUCCUCCGGGGGAAUCUCAAGGCGUUCCCUGGCCAGGUGAGAGACAUAGUCCCUCCAACGUGUCCUGGGUCUACCUUUAGUUCUCCUCCCGGUUGGACAUGCCCGGAAAACCUCACCAGGGAGGCGUCCAGGAGGCAUCCUGACCAGAUGCCUGAGCCACCUCAACUGGCUCCUCUCGAUGUGGAGGGGCAGUGGGUCUACUCCGAGCCCCUCCCGUAUGAUCAAGCUUCUCACCCUAUCUCUAAGGGAGAGCCCAGCCACUCUUCGGAGAAAACUCAUUUCGUCCGCUUGUAUCCGCGAUCUCGUUCUUUCGGUCACUACCCAAAGCUCAUGACCAUAGGUGAGGGUAGGAACGUAGAUCGACCUGUAAAUCAAGAGCUUCACCUUCCAACUCAGCUCCCUCUUCACCACGACAGACCGAUACAACGCCCACAUCACUGCAGAUGCAGUACCAAUCCGCCUAUUGAUCUCACACUCCAGUUUUCCCUCACUAGUGAACAAGACCCCGAGAUACAUAAACUCCUCCACUUGGGGCAGGACCUCAUCCCUGACACGGAGAAGGCAUUCUACCCUUUUCUGAAUCAAGACCAUGGUCUCAGAUUUAGAGGAACUGAUUCUCGUCCCAGCUGCUUCACUCUCGGCUGUGAACCGCUCCAGCGAAAGCUGAAGAUCACGUUCUGAUUAAGCCAACAGGACCACAUCAUCUGCAAAAAGCAGAGACCUGAUCCUCAGGCCACCAAAACGGAUGCCCUCCACACCUUGGCUGCGCGUAGAAAUCCUGUCCAAAAUAGGUUUUGAACAGAAUCGGUGACAAAGGGCAGCCUUGGCGGAGUCCAACUCUCACUGGGAACGAGCCUGACUUACUGCUGGCAAUGUGGACCAAGCUCUGACACUGGUCAUACAGGGACCUAACAGCCCGUAUCAGAGGGCCUGGUACCCCAUAAUCCCGGAGUACCCCUCACAGGGCCCCCCGAGGGACGCGGUCAAACCCCUUCUCCAAAUCCACAAAACACAUGUCGACUGGUUGGGCAAAUUCCCACGCACCCUCCAGGAUACCCCUAAGGGUAUAGAGCUGGUCCCGUGUUCCACGGCCAGGACAAAAACCACACUGCUCCACCUGAAUCUGAGGUUCGACAAUCUGGCAGACCCUCCUCUCCAGAACCCCUGAAUAACCUUGUGUGUGUGUGUGUGUGUGUGUGUGUGUGUGUGUGUGUGUGUGUGUGUGUGUGUGUGUGUGUGUGUGUGUGUGUGUGUGUGUGUGUGUGUGUGUGUGUGUGUGUGUGUUGGUAGAGCACUGCUUUCCCCCCCUGAGGCACCACAUGGUGGACCAGAAUCUCCUCGAAGCCGUAUGGAAGUCUUGCUCCAUGGUCUCACCGAACUCCUCUCAUGCCCGGGUUUUUGCCUCGGCGACCACCCGAGCCGCCUUCCGCUUGGACUGCCGGUACCUGUCAGCUGCCUCUGGAGUCCCACAGGCCAAAAAGACCUGAUAGGACUCUUUCUUCAGCUUGACAGCAUCCCUAACCGCCGAUGUCCACCAGUGUAUUCAGGGGUUGCCGCCUCAACAAUGGAGGCACAGAACAGGGUCCAUUCAGACCCAGUGUCCCCCUCCUCCCCUGGAACAUUUUGGAAGUUCUUUCGGAGGUGGGAAUUGAAGCUCCUUCUGACAGGAGACUCUGCCAGACAUUCCCAGCAGUCCCUCGCGAUACGUUUUGGCCUGCCUGGUCUGAUCGGCAUCCUCCCCCACCAUCUGAGCCAACUCACCUCCAGGUAAUGGCCAGUUGACAGCUCUGCCCCUCUCUUCACCCGAGUGUCCCAAGACAUGCGGCCGCAGGUCAGAUUAAACAACAGCAAAGUCGAUCAUCGAGCUGCAGCCUAAGGUAUCCUGGUGCCAAGAGCACAUAUGGACACCUUUAUGUCUGAACAUGGUGUUCAUUAUGGACAAUCCAUGACUAGCACAGAAGUCCAAUAACAAAACACCACUCUAAUUCAGAUCAGGGGGGCCGUUCCUCCCAACCACACCUCUCCAGGUCUUGCUGUCGUUAUCCACGUGAGCGUUAAAGUCCCCCAGCAGAACUCAGAAUAUAUAAGUAUAUAUGGAUUGUUGUAUGGAGUAUAAUCAGACUUGUUAAUGAAUGGAAUUAAGUCUGGAAUAUGUCUCUCAUUAUGUGAAAUCAAUUCUAGGCUCUACAAGGUGUAUCCGUGUGUGUGUGUGUGUGUGUGUGUGUGUGUGUGUGUGUGUGUGUGAGAGAGAGAAACCAAGCUAAAGGCCUGUUACCUCUUCUCAUGUUUGUGUGUGUGUGUGUGUGUGUCCUGGCUGUAGCCUCCUGAUCUCCUGAUGUCGUAAAUAAUGGAUGUGCCUUCACUACACUGUUAUGGUUAGAAAAUGAAUGUUGUACCUAGGUAAUAUCUUUGACCAUGACAUGUCAUUCAAAUCCAACGUUAUACAAGUUUGUAUGAUUUCCUUUUUCUCCUUCGGAAAAUUGCUAAGAUUAGAAGCAUCCUUUCCAGGAGUGAUGCUAAAAAAUUAGUUCAUGCAUUUAUUACAUCAAGACUGGAUUACUGUAAUUCAUUACUAUUGGGAAGUCCACAGAAUGUAGUUAAACGUCUUCAGCUUGUCCAAAAUGCUGCAUCUAGAGUUCUGAUGAGAAUUAAAAAGAGAUCUCAUAUCUCUCCUGUUUAGCUUCCCUACAUUGGCUGCCUGUUAAAUGCAGAAUAGAUUUUAUGAUAUUCUGUCUCACAUAUAAAGCUCUUAAUCAAGCUCCAUCAUGCAUUAGUGACCCGAUUGUUCAAGUGCUUUUCUCCCCAGAAGAAGCUACAAUGGUGUUCUGCUGAGCUGUGGUAGCCUCAUGGAGGGGGCCAUUGGCUUGAACACUGCUUCUUACCACUUAAACAUUCUCCCUCUGAUGAUAAUAACAUUUUACUUUCUUUGACAUUGAAUGUGCUACUACUAGUUUACCUGUUGAAUUAAUUAUAGACUCACUAGGAUGAAUACAACAAAGUUUAUCGCUCACUAAAUAGAAUGCUUACUAAGAAAUCACAAUGUAACCAUAGAAACACUACUUGGUAUAUGUGUGUGUGUGUGUGUGUGUGUGUGUGUGUGUGUGUGUGUGUGUGUGUGUGUGUGUGUGUGUCUGCUCUGUCUACUCGAUCCCCAGUGAGUCGUGGCAGAUGGCUGCUUAAACUCAGCCAGGAUCUUCCUGUUAAAAGGGAGUUUUCCUCUCCACUGUCGCUGCAUGCUUGUUUAGUAUGAGGAUUGCUGUAAAGACUCUGACACUAGUCAGUGACUCGAUGCAACUUGCUGUGUUCUUCAUAUAGGAAACCUUUUACUGAUUGGCCUAAUGAACGGACCUGUAUUGGAAUGUUUAGUGUGUGAAGUGCUUUGAGACGACUCUUGUUGUGAUUAUGCGCUUUAGAAAUAAACUUGAAACUUGAACUUAUUCUUUAGUUUCAUGAGACGUCAUUGUUUCACUUAGCAGCAAAGUCAAUGUUAAUAUAAGUGUUGGUUCUAGAUCUUAGCAAUGAUCUUUAUGCUUCUUGCUUUGUUUCUUCUUAUUGUCGUCAGAAUUAAAAGCUUGAAUCCAGGA